AUGGCGGCGAAAAGCACACAGGACCAGGAGGAUGGUGUGUGCCAGCCUCUCUUGGGGGACUCCGCAGGGCGGCGAGGCACCUACCUGGUCCUGGUGGUCUACUGUGGUCUGGGGGCGAUUCUGAUGGCAGACUAUGUCUGGGGCUUGGCUGCCCUGGUCAGCAGAUACCAUACUGCCAUGGGUCUCUGGGGCAACAUGCAGAAGCCGAGUCUGGAUUGGCUGCGCUACACCUACUAUGCCAGCAUGGGCCUGGCAGCUUGCGGCUACUUCCCUGCACUGGCCCAUAUGCUGGUUGUUGCACCCUCCUUGCCCAAAAAUGUGGUAGAUCGGAUUUGUACCUUCUUCGCCAUCUUCUUCUUCACAGAGCUCUUCUGGCUUCCCAUGUGCGUAGCCUAUCUGGGCAAUCCGAAUCCCACGCUCUUCACGUUCAUCUGGCUGCAGCUCGCAUGCUCUGGAUUAUCAGCCAUAGCAUGGGCCUACUCAGUUCUGACAAUACCCAGCAGUUCUGUAGAGGUCUCUGGGCGGGCGUUGCAGCUUGCAGGAUUUGCUGGAACAGUUUACUUCACCUUUCACUGCGCAGUGAUGGAUGGGAUCCUGUGGCCGCCGAUGUUCCAUCAUGCAUGA